UGGUGAGCUCCGUCUGCUGGUGAAGGUUUGGAGCGGUUCUGCUGGCGAGCGGUAAAAAUGAUGGACAAUAUGGCGCCGGGUAUAGAUUUAGCUCCUGGACCUGUCGUUGUGUGAAGGACCGGCGGCUCGGCAGGAUGAACCUCUGCGCCCAAUUUUUAAGGCAGGCAGAGGCCCUGAAGGCUGAUAUGACAGAUUCGAAGCUUGGUGCUGCAGAGGUGUGGACAUCGCGGCAGGCUCUUCAGGAUCUGUACCAGAAGAUGCUGGUGACGGACCUGGAGUAUGCCCUGGACAAGAAAGUGGAACAAGACCUCUGGAACCAUGCUUUCAAGAAUCAGAUAACAUCACUACAGAGUCAGGCCAAGAACAGAGCUAACCCCAAUCGAAGUGAAGUGCAAGCCAAUCUUUCCCUUUUUCUUGAGGCAGCUAGUGGAUUCUACACACAGUUGUUACAAGAGCUGUGCACGGUGUUCAACGUGGACCUGCCUUGUCGUGUGAAAUCCUCUCAGCUUGGCAUCAUCAGCAAUAAACAGAGCAGCACCAGCGCCAUCGUGAAACCACAGCCCAGCUCCUGCUCUUAUAUCUGCCAGCAUUGUCUCGUCCAUCUGGGGGACAUUGCACGUUAUCGCAACCAGACCAGCCAAGCGGAGUCUUAUUACAGACACGCAGCUCAGCUCGUUCCCUCAAACGGUCAGCCCUACAAUCAGCUGGCCAUUCUGGCAUCCUCCAAAGGGGACCACCUCACAACAAUCUUCUACUACUGCAGAAGCAUCGCCGUUAAGUUCCCCUUUCCAGCAGCUUCCACCAACCUACAGAAAGCUCUCUCCAAGGCUCUUGAGAGCCGUGACGAGGUCAAAACGAAAUGGAGCGUGUCUGAUUUCAUUAAGGCCUUCAUCAAGUUCCAUGGCCAUGUUUACCUCAGCAAAAGCCUGGAGAAGCUCAACGCACUGAGAGAGAAGCUGGAGGAGCAGUUUCAGAGGCUGAUUCUCCAAAAGGCCUUCAGCUCUCAGCAGCUGGUUCACAUCACAGUCAUUAACCUGUUUGAGCUCCACCACCUCCGAGACUUUAGCAAUGAGGCUGAUGACCAGAGCUUUAGCUCGGAUGAGCAGAUCAGCUGGAUUCAGCUCCUCGGCCUUUUCAUGUCUUUCCUAGGUGUGAUGUGCAGUCGGGCUUUGCUGAAUAAGAACCAGGAGGAGAUCAUGGGGGAGUGCCCACUUCCAGCCAUCAAAGUGUCCCUGGAUUGGCUGAAGCUCCGAUCUGGAGUCUUCACAGAGAGCGCUGUUGACCAGAGACAAUAUAUUUGGCCAUGGCUGGUCUCCGUUCUUAACAGCUUCCAACCCAAGGAGGAGGAUGUGUCCAAUCCAUCAGCGGUUCCUCUCCCAGAAGAGUUUGAGCUGCAGGGCUUUCUGGCUCUCCGUCCUGCUUUAAGGUUGCUGGACUUUUCCAAAGGGCACCAGGGCAUUGCGGUAGACAAAGACAGCCUGAUAGUGCAUGCCCGACAGCAGAGACUCAUCAACUUGGGCAAGUGGGUGGCAGACAACCAGCCUGGCCUGAUCCAGAGCCGUAUCAGUGAUGGUCUGCUCCUGUUCCUCACGGAUAUCCCUGAGCUGGUGGUGGAGGAGCCACAAGAGAAGGACCCUCCAGUCCUGCAGGAGUCAUCCAACGGUGAGCAGACCCCUCACGACGGCUCCUUGGGCCUCAAGUCAGUGCUGUCCAUGGGGAAGAGCCAGAACAGCAGCCUCGAUCCCGGAGAGAGGCCCGUGGUCACGUUCAAGGAGAACAUCAAGCCCCGCGAGCAGAGCCGAGAGCAGGGCCGCAACCAGCACCAGAGGGACGGGGGGAAGGAGCGCAGCGGCUUCAACAAAGGCAAUGGAACACCAGGGAAGAUCGAGCAGAAGAAAGAGGGCAAGCGGAAGAGUGAAGCUAAGAAGAACAGCCACGAGAAGACGUCUGAUACAGGAAAACAGGUAAAAUCUCAGUCUGAAAUGAGGAAGACUCCAGUAUCUGAAGCGAGGAAGACUCCUGUCACACAGACUCAGACUACCUGCUCCUCCCAGUUCAUCCCCAUACAUCACCCUGGAGCCUUUCCCCCUCUCCCCAGCAGACCUGGUUUUCCCCCACCAGCAUAUGUGAUCCCUCCCCCUGUGGCGUUCCCCAUGAACCCCGGCUUCACUUUCCCCGCAGGUGUGUCUGUCCCCACCCCUUUCCUACAACCCACCUCCCACCCACAGGCUGCCAGCCAGGUACCAUCUGGGAAGCCCUCACACAUUCCCUACAGCCAGCAGAGGCCCUCUGGCCCUGGGGCCCUCACCCAGGGUCCACCCCAGGCUCAGCCACAGCCUCAGCAGGCCCAGCCACCCCCACCGCAGCCUUCAAAACAAGCCUUGCAGCAGACUGUGCAGCUUCAGGUGCAGCAACAGCAGCAGCAGCAACAAUCACCCACCAAGCAGAGCUCUCAGCUGGGGAAGAGCCCUCCACACCACACUGGCAUGCAGCAGCCUUACAUGCCAGUGUCUGAGCAGGCUGGACAGAUGUGGAGCCAGCACCAGGCUCAGCCCCCCAUGCCCAAGAUGCCCAUGCCAGUAAAGCAGCCUUUCUUCAUGCCUGCCCAGGACCCCAUGAAGCUCUUUGAGCACUCCAUGUCCUCGGCUGUGCCCAUGCAGCCCCCUCAGCCUAGCAUGGAUAAGAAGAUGAAGUUCCCCGAGGUGAAAAUGCAGGAUUUCUACUGGGAGCUGCCGUACCGCAUGGGCGAGGGAAGAGGAGGCAUGGACAGAAUGGGGAAGCACCAGCCUGGAGUCUUCUGCCCGGACCAGGAGAAUACACCUAGAGGUCCACCAUACGAGGACAACAAGAGCUCUCCUCUUCUUCCUCCAGACCUGUUAAAAACUCUGGCAGACUUUGAGGAGGAGGAGGAGCUGGUCUUUACUAAGCCUCAUGAUUUCUACCAGGCCUUGGCCGGCCCUCUUAACUCUGCUCCUGGAAGGAACAUGUUUUUACCAAACCAGUCUAGACUGGACAGUGGGCCCGAGGUGAUGAGCCAGUCCUCUCUGCUGCAUCGCCCUGUCUUUCCUGUCCAGGAGAGCUCUUAUCAAAACAACAGCAUCUUCAGUGAGGCCUAUGGCAAAAACAUGGCGCCCACACCGAAGCCUGAUGUGCCCAUGAUACACCAGGAGCCCUCCCUGUAUUCCCUGUUUGAAGGAACUCCAUGGUCCCCCUCCCUCCCUGCCAGCUCAGACCACUCAACCCCAGCCAGCCAAUCACCUCACUCAUCCAACCCCAGCAGCCUGCCUUCAUCACCUCCCACCCACAGCCACGGCGCCCUGCCCUUCUCCAACUUCGGCCCCAUCGGCACACCGGACAGCCGUGACCGCAGAGCAGCUGAUCGCUGGAAGGCUGAGAAGACUGGUGUGAGUGGCUUUGGACUGGACUACCUGCCCACUGCCCCCACCUCCUCUGCCUCGGAGCAGAACAGCUGGCAUCAGGGUGCCCCCAACAGUAGCUGGGCUCCCCAAGACAUGCCCAUGGAGGACUCCUCCACAGUCCUCCUCGACAGCUUUAAGUCCAUCUGGUCGAGCUCGAUGAUGCAGCCUGGCCCAUCUGCGCUGGAGCAGCUCCUCAUGCAGCAGAAGCAGAAGCAGCAGCGCGGCCACGGCACCAUGAACCCGCCGCACUGAAGGAGGCGCCUGCGGGCGCAAGCACUUGUGUGAAAUCCAUACUGAAGAAGAGGAGGUGCAGAACCACAAGCUCCAAUCGGAAAUGUUUUUUUCCGGCGUUACCUGCGUGUGGAGGCUGGAGACGGCAGCCAAAGCGGACCGACGGGCUCCAAACCAACCGCUCGCCUGAAACCGACGAGGGAGGUGCAGCCCUCUCCUCACUAUCUGUCUGUCUCUCUCUCUCUCUCUCUCUUGCUCUCUCUGUCUCUAUCUAUCUAGCUCUCUCUCUGCCUCUGUGCAAGGAGGGGCGUAAGAGCACCUGACCCACCGCGCUGCUCAGCACGUAGCCGCUGCAGAAACACUGACUCAGAGGGCCGACUCUGAGGAGAUUUCCUUUCUGAUCGCUGCCCUGCUUCCUCUAGGGGGCGGUCAAAGGUACUUCUUCUCCUCUCUCAACUGAGCUCUUUGACUCUCUAGACUCUGGACUGGACCCCCAAACUAAGGAACAAAAAAAAGAAGAAGAAGAAGAUAAAACACACAAACAACAAAAACACCUGCUUUUACCUGCUCUGGGUGACCAGUGCACAGCACACGGGAUAAGAAGAGGGUGUGGGUGUCACAGCGUGUGUGUGUGUGAUUGUGUGAAUGAAUGAGUGAGUGAGUGAUAGAAGAAGGCUUAUGGUUUAUGGACGGGUAAACAACAGUGGCAACAGGACUUGCUUUGUUCCCUCCCCUUGAAGUCUGGAUGUAUUUUAAUUUUUUUCUCUCUUCUCAGCGGAAGGCUGGCUUUGUGUACCGAAGGUGGAGGAGAAGUGGGUUAAAAGUGAUGUGGGAUGAAACUGUUGGCUGUAUUUACCGCAGUUUGUGUAAGAUCCUGUGCCUCUAUAUAGAAAGUGCACAGAUCAUAGGAUGUAGUUUGACGCAGGCAUGGAUUAUGGUUUUGUCUGCAAAUUUUUCGGAAGGUUUUCUUUUUCCUUCGUUUGUUGUUUGUUUUUGUCCUUAAGAGGUGGGCGGGGUCAGGCACAUCUUCCUGUGUGCGAAAAAAGGUUGAACCUGCUACGAAUCGUAACGUGACAUUAUAGCGUAAAAUAACAAAAAGUCAAACGAAGGUAGGGCUUAGACUUCUAGUUCUAGAGUGUAGUAUCAUUAGCUGCAAUAGAGAUUGCAUUUAUUAACAAUACUGUAUUUUGUGACUUGUUAUGUAGCAGUUUUAGCUUCGAGAUAUUAUUGGAUUAAUAUGUUCAAUAGUUUACCGCUAAAAGGGGGGAAAAAAAUCUUUAUAUAUAUAUAUAUAUAUAUACAUAAAUAUAUAUAUUCUAUUUCUCCUCACCCCUUCUAGCUUCUCUUUGUUUCUUUCAUACAGCAACUCUUUUAGCUUACUGGCAUAACCUGGCGUUCCUUUCGUUCAUGUUCUUGCCUUUAUAGUUUUAAGCGGCUUUACUAACUCUCUUUGUGCCUGGUCAGUGUUUGUUGUUCUCCCCCUCUCUCCCUUUCCCGCACCCUGCCCUCACUAUCUGUCGUUCUUCUCUUCUCUUCUACUAUAUCUUGUUUUUUUUUUUUUUUUUUUUUUCUUUUAAAAAGAAUGAACACCAUCAUGUUUGGCACUGUCGUUGAGAUGGAAAUUAGCAAAACGGGUCCAGCAUCAACGCUGCUGCUGGUUCAGCAAUACGGAGGGGUGGGCACAAGAGCAGAGGGGUGUUACGAUAUGUUGCGAUGUGUUGUGAUACGUCACUUUUGUGGGCAGGUGAGCUCGCAGCCACUGGACUGUUUGUUCACCAGAACCGAGAUUAAAGGAUGAGAACACUUAACUAACACCACUAACUAUACUAACUAAAUACCCAUCACCACCCACACCAACACCGUACUCACUCUGGUCUGGAUAAAUAAGGUCAAAUAGUGACCUGUUGUAUCUUCAUCCAUCCGCAAUGACUGAAAACAACAUCAAAAGUCUAAAGGCUUCUUGCGCUGUUCUUAGAUAUAGCUACCACUGUAUUUAGCCCAGUGAAACUGUCUGAACGAGAGCAGCUCUGUUUUUUUGUAGCUCUGACUCUGGACGAGGCUCUGGCCUAGCCAUUUGGAAUCCGAUUGUGUGGCAUAAUGAAUAAUUGUACUGCUGAUCAUUCCUGAUUAUUAUUAUUUUUUUUUUUCCUGUCUGGUCAAAUAAGGCAAAUAUUUUUUCUUUUUUUAAUUUUUAUUGAAGUCUUUUUUUCAAAAUCAUUCAAAAUCAAACUUCGUGAUUGAGUUAAUCCAGUGAAAUUAUUUAGUAAAGGGUUUUUUUGUGUGUGUGUGGAAGUGUAGAGCACGAGUUUCUGCCGGUUCUCGCUUUUGUGCAUCAAAAGCAGUCAGCAGCGAAAGUUUCAGGCUUUGGUUGGAUAAGCUUCAAGUCGUCUAUGAUGAAUGUGCUCAGUGGUUCUAUUUUUCCCCCUCAUGGUUAUACUGCAAAGGUAUUUUUGGAGGGAAGGUUAUGUAUGGGAGCGUCUGCUUCUCGGACGAGGGACAGGCGCGUUUUUAUUUUUCAUGUAGAGAACAUUUUAUUGACGACAACUUCAAAUAAUGUCUCUUUGCUGUGUGAUUGUGCUUCUUGUUGCAUUUAAAAGUGUAUUUAAAAAGAAAAAAAAAAGAAACAGAGGCAUAAUGAAACAAGCUAAACUUUAAUGGACGAGUUUAUGGAUCUUUAUAUAAAUGAGAAAAAUGUAAAAAUAACUAAACACUGUAAGGAGAAGGGAAGCUGUGUGCGGAGGUUUAUGGUGCGCCCCACUCCCCCAGUCCCUUUUUGUCCCUUAAACUCUCACUUAAACUUGGGAAAAAAAUGAAAUUCAACAGUGUUCUGGUUUGCUUGCUGUGGAAACUUGUCAUUUUUGCAGUUGUCCAGAUGAGGUUUGUAUGCAAUCUUGACUUGAUGGUUCUGUAGAAGCCUUGCUGAGCACUGCAUUUUAAAAUGUGGACUAUUGUAUCCCCCCUCCCCCUUUUCCCUGUCUCCCCCCCAACAAUUUUUGGGACCCUCCCACCGAAACAUCUCUGUAAAGCUCUAGUGAUGUAUAUUACAGAUGUUGAGACAGCCUCUGCACCCCUGUUUUGGGCAGUAAUAACAUUCCAAUACAAAGAGUUAAAGAAACGGCCAGCUUUAUACAGCCACAGCACAGCGAGAUCUGCCACCGAGCGAACGUGCCCAUACUCACUGUAUGAGACUCCCUUUGGAAACCCUGCAUGAAAAAUACAGCUUCUUGCCUUGUGUAUUUAGGGUGGAGGAGGCAUCCAGUCAAGUCUUUUAGAGGAUUCUGCAAGUUAGGUCAGGUGAAGAUGUCUCCUCCUGUAAUGGGCUUGAUUUAUUGUGUUCUUGUCUGUCAGUGGACAUUCAGAAACUCUGAAAUCAGCUAUGCCUUUAAUAAAGUAAACCAUGUCCUC